UGCCUGUGUGUGUGUGUGUGUGUGUCCAGGUGAGGAUGACGAUGUCGGACUCCUCCUCCUGCUGUUCCUGGUUCAGCAGACUGAGAUGUCCCCGACCACACGGCUUUCUAGCACACGUUAUUACCAAAGUGUGUCUAGGAGCGUUGUUGUUCGGGGUUGUCUGGUCCAUCACUGAGAAGGAGUGUUAUCCAGGGGGGAAUCUGUUCGGCAUCAUCAUCUUGUUUCUCUGUGCUGUGUGUGGUGGCAAACUGGUCGGACUGAUCCAACUCCCCACACUCCCCCCCUUCCCUCCUUUACUUGGUAUGUUGCUGGCUGGUCUGGUGCUGCGUAACGUCCCGUAUGUAACGGAGGCGGUCCACAUUGAGCAGGCCUGGUCAGCAGCUCUGAGGAACAUCGCUCUGGCCAUCAUACUGACCCGUGCUGGACUGGGCCUCGACCCUUCGGCUCUCCGCAGGCUCAAGGCGGUGUGUGUGCGUCUGGCAGUAGGACCGUGUACAGUGGAGGCCUCGACAGUCGCUGUGAUGUCUCACUUCCUGAUGGGCCUGCCCUGGGUCUGGGGAUUCAUACUGGGGUUUGUUCUGAGUGCUGUGUCGCCAGCGGUGGUGGUUCCCUCCAUGUUGCUGCUCCAGAAGGACGGCUACGGCGUGGAGAAGGGAAUCCCCACUCUGUUGAUGGCUGCUGGGAGUUUUGAUGACAUCCUGGCCAUCACAGGGUUUAGUACCUGUCUGGGCGUGGCCUUCGCUACAGGCUAUACAUGGCUCAACAUACUGAAAGGUGUGUUAGAGGUGAUAGGAGGAUCAGUGGCUGGCCUGCUACUAGGUCUCUUCAUCUGUUUCUUCCCCAGUGUAGACCAGGAGGAUGUGGUAUUGAGGAGAAGUGCGAUGUUGCUGGGUCUGUCUGUGUUUGCCGUGUUCGGGAGCCAUGUAGCAGGGUUCACUGGGGCUGGAGGUCUCUGUACUCUGGUCAUGGCCUUCCUAGCUGCCCUGGGCUGGGGGACAGAGAAGGCCCCAGUAGCAGCAGUGGUAGGGAGGUUCUGGGAUAUCUUCCAGCCGCUGCUGUUUGGACUGAUAGGAGCGGAAAUAACAGUGUCUACACUGGACCCCAACACAGUUGGUAUGGGCAUGGCAUGUCUGGCAACAGGUCUGGUUACUAGGGUUCUCUUCACGUUCCUCAUGGUGUUCUUUGGAGGCUUCAACAUGAAGGAGAAGCUGUUUAUCUCUAUGGCUUGGCUCCCCAAGGCCACCGUACAGGUCAGUUUAUUAGAACUACAGGUCUAUCAGAACUACAG